AUGAGCUUACAACUGCGACAAAAAUUAACGUUACUGACGCUUCGAGGACUGCGAUAUUGUGCUUAUCUAUAUUACGAAAAGAAAUUGGCUUAUUGUGGAAUGCGAACGUCUCUUUCCACCAUAGACGAUAUAUCAGAAAAUAACGAUCCCAUCUCUCUCCAAGAAUUGAAGGAUUGGGAAAAAUCAUUCAGCAAGAUAGUAAACACUUUUGAAGAGGGUUAUGCAGAUAGCGGAAGCUCAAAUAUAUUUAUAAAAUAUCGGAUAAAUAAAUUAAAAAGGCUGGAUAAACGGCUUAAAGAAUUCUUGAUUCAAAAACGUCUGGAAGAAAUAAGACUAUGCAAAAUCCCACCAAAAGUGUUUGAUCUUGAAGGAAUUCGUGAUGUCGAGUCAGCUUUGAAAUAUCUUAGAGAACGGAACAACGGUAAAUCGUCAUCUUCGAAAACGAAAAAUAAAGGCAAAGGUAAACAAAUUGAAGACAACGAGACUGAUGAUAUAAUUCAAUCGGACAAAAACCUGAGUGCAAUCCAAUUGAGGGAGGAG